UCGGCAUUGGCCAAUCAGGACGAAAACGACGAUCUGCCGAGCUGCGUUGCAGCUGUAUAAGUGCUGUGGUUGCUGGAUUGUCGGCAUCGGCGAUUCGUGGGAUAUUCAGGCAGGCGUUGCGUAUAUACGCGUACAUUUUAUGAGUAAAUCGUCUACUUGAAAGGAACUGUGAAAAAGAAAAACAAUGGGCGACUCAAAGAGUGGAGAAUAUUUAGCUACCGCUAUCCUGCGUAAGAAAGAUAAGCCUAAUAGACUUUUAGUCUCUGAAGCAAGAAACGAUGAUAAUUCGGUUGUUGCACUUUCUCAAGCAAAGAUGGAUGAGUUGCAGCUUUUCCGUGGUGACACAGUUUUUCUUAAGGGAAAACGACGCAAGAAAACGGUAUGCAUAGUUUUAUCGGAUUCUUCUUGCCCAGACGAAAAGAUUCUAAUGAAUCGAGUAGUGAGGAAUAAUUUAAGAGUUCGCUUAAGCGAUGUUGUAUCAAUACAGUCUUGUCCAGACAUUAAAUAUGGAAAGCGCAUUCAUGUAUUACCUAUUGAUGAUACAGUUGAAGGUAUUACAGGAAAUCUCUUUGAAAUUUAUUUGAAACCAUAUUUCUUGGAAGCUUAUCGUCCAAUAUAUAAAGGCGAUAUAUUUAUUGUACGUGGUGGUAUGCAUGCAGUAGAGUUCAAAGUUGUUGAAACUGAUCCAGGACCUUAUUGUAUUGUAUCUCCAGAAACUGUAAUUCAUUGUGAAGGAGAUCCUGUUAAAAGAGAGGAGGAGGAGGAAUCACUAAAUGCAGUAGGAUAUGAUGAUAUUGGUGGUGUGCGAAAACAAUUAGCUCAAAUUAAAGAAAUGGUAGAAUUACCAUUACGUCAUCCAUCUCUUUUUAAAGCGAUUGGAGUUAAACCACCCCGUGGUAUUUUGUUGUAUGGUCCACCAGGAACUGGAAAAACUCUUAUUGCACGAGCCGUUGCUAAUGAAACUGGGGCCUUCUUUUUCUUGAUCAAUGGCCCCGAAAUUAUGAGUAAGCUUGCUGGAGAAUCUGAAAGUAAUUUACGUAAAGCUUUUGAAGAAGCUGAGAAAAAUGCUCCAGCUAUUAUUUUUAUCGAUGAGCUUGAUGCAAUUGCACCAAAAAGAGAAAAGACACAUGGUGAAGUAGAAAGACGUAUCGUUUCGCAAUUAUUAACCCUAAUGGAUGGUAUGAAACAAAGUUCUCAUGUUAUUGUAAUGGCUGCAACAAAUCGUCCUAAUAGUAUUGAUGGAGCACUUCGACGUUUUGGCCGUUUCGAUAGAGAAAUUGAUAUUGGUAUUCCAGACGCUACCGGUCGCUUAGAAAUUUUACGCAUCCACACAAAAAAUAUGAAAUUAGGAGACGAUGUAGAAUUGGAAGAAAUUGCUGCGGAAACACACGGUCACGUUGGUGCUGAUUUAGCAUCAUUAUGCUCAGAGGCAGCUUUACAACAAAUUCGAGAGAAAAUGGAUUUAAUAGAUCUUGAAGAUGAACAAAUUGACGCUGACGUUCUAGUGUCUCUUGCCGUCACAAUGGAAAACUUCAAGUAUGCUAUGAGUAAAAGCAGUCCUAGCGCACUUCGUGAAACUAUCGUGGAAGUUCCUACUGUUACUUGGGAGGACAUCGGAGGGUUACAAAACGUCAAGAAGGAGCUACAAGAAUUGGUGCAGUACCCAGUCGAACAUCCAGACAAGUUUUUGAAAUUUGGCAUGCAACCAUCGCGCGGUGUCUUGUUUUACGGACCUCCUGGUUGUGGUAAGACACUACUUGCCAAAGCCAUCGCCAAUGAAUGUCAGGCGAACUUUAUUUCGGUGAAAGGCCCGGAGCUAUUGACGAUGUGGUUCGGUGAAUCCGAGGCGAACGUGCGGGACGUGUUCGAUAAGGCGAGAUCCGCAGCACCUUGUGUCCUCUUCUUUGAUGAGCUUGACUCGAUUGCUAAGUCGCGAGGCGGCACAGUAGGGGACGCAGGUGGCGCCGCCGACCGCGUCAUCAAUCAGAUUCUUACGGAGAUGGAUGGUAUGGGGGCCAAAAAGAACGUUUUUAUUAUCGGCGCCACGAAUCGGCCAGAUAUCAUUGAUCCAGCUAUCUUGAGACCUGGAAGACUCGAUCAGCUUAUUUAUAUUCCAUUGCCCGAUGAGAAAUCACGAGAGUCUAUUUUUAAAGCGAAUUUGCGAAAGUCACCUGUUGCUAAGGACGUCGAUUUGAAUUUCAUAGCCAAAGUAACACAUGGAUUCUCUGGAGCUGAUAUCACGGAAAUCUGCCAGCGCGCUUGUAAGUUGGCAAUCCGGCAGUGCAUCGAAUCUGAAAUAAGCAGAGCCAGGGAACGAGCUGCUAAUCCCACAGCCUCUAUGGACACGGAUGAAGAAGACCCUGUACCUGAAAUUACACGGGCUCACUUUGAAGAAGCCAUGAGGUUUGCUCGACGAUCAGUAUCAGACAAUGACAUUCGCAAAUACGAAAUGUUUGCCCAAACUCUCCAACAAUCGCGAGGGUUCGGUACGAAUUUCAGAUUUCCCCAAAGUGGACCAGGUGGUGCUCAGGAUACGACACAAGGGGACCAGCCUUUCCAAGAUGAUGGUGAUGAUGAUCUCUACAGUUAAAUUUAUUUUCUCCACAUAGUUCGUAUUUUUGUUUGCAGUGAGCAUAUAACAAAAGGGCCUGUCUAUUACCGUGUACAUUUUACACUAGAACCAUAAUUUUUAAUGGUUUCUAUAAAUCUGAAUAAACUAAUUAAUUCAAGGUUUUAUAUGAAGUACGUAUUGUGUGUACUGUAUAGUGGUAAGACUGUUAAUAAACUAAGAUUUUCGCUUCUCCAGCUUUUGAUGAAAGCGGAUUAAAAAAAAA